AGUUGAGCGGAAGUGAUUGCGCACGCAAUUCUCACUUGAGAUAUUGUUGCUAUUUAUCAACAUCUACGGAUUGCUAUUCGCAUAUUAGAUUGGAAAUUGUUUAUUUACUUCACUUGUAAAUUGUUGCUUAGUUACCUUUCAAAGAGAAUAACAAUUUGUUUUUUGAGCUGGAGAAGAUGGCCAGCUGCAAUUUUCAAGCACAGUUGGUGUCCAUUAUGGAGGUAUUGGCCAAAGCAGCUGUAGCAGAAAUAAACAGACGUGUAGAUGAUAGCUGUGCAGUUAUACGUUUGGAAAUGACCCAAAGCCAGCGAGAUAUUGAUGUUCUGAAAAGGAAGUGUCAAAUGAUGGAGAGCGAGAUGAAGAAGACACGAGGACGAGUCAGGAGAAAAGUUUUUUACCCCAUGGCAUCAGAGAGGUCUGCAUAUCCAAUCAAGAUUGUUUUAAACAAGCAGAAGAGUCGUGCACAGUGGAGGGACGACGAGAUGGCUGUUGAAGAGGACUCCGAGCCCCAGCCUUCAGAUGCGGAGCAGAGAGUGGAGUCCGAGCCCAUACUGAUAAAAGAUGAGGAGACCGCAGAAGACAUGUGGACUGACCCUCAGGAAGAGCUCAGGAUCACUGCAGAUGAGUCUAGUUCCAAGGCUGGCCAACCACCGUCCUUUGAGCAACGUCAAUGUGAUAAAGACUUCAACACACAACCCAACAUAUCUACCGGAGAGAUGGUGGGGCAUUACCCCCGUGCUGAUGAUCCCGAGGAACCAGCCCCAUCCCAGCUUGUGUCUACAGAGAACGCUAAGGUGUUCACCACAGAGCAGCACCAGCCAGACCAGGAUGAGGACUCUCUCGAGUUAGUGAUGGUGAAGGAUGAGAGAGAGGAGGACCUGGAUCACACCGCAAGCCUGUCAGGGCCUGACCACUUUGUCAUGGAUGAGGCUAAUGGGCAGCUGUGGACCUCCGUGGAUCCAGGAAGAGACAGUGACCCUCACGGCCACCCAGAUUUCUCCUUUCACGCGACUGAAGAGUACUCUCAGAAUAUCUCACUUUUCCCAUCUCACAGUGGCCUGCCUUCUGUUUCUACUGUGGCAGAUGAGGCAGGGCCACCCGUGACCUCUUCCAUAGGGAAACAAAAUGCUAGCAUGUUCAGUGCAGCGGCGCACAUGAAAAGACACGUCAAGACGGCGUCUGAGGACACUAGGCAAACACUGCAUGCGGGACAAACCGGCGAGAGGCUGAAUGCCAGUAACGACACUAGUUUAGCUUUGCAGCCAAGGCAGCAUCAAUACAGGGCUUCAGAAGCAACCGUGAGAUUGAGUGAGUGCGUGACCGGGUCGAACAUGGCCACCACCUCCACCUUCUCUGGGUACAGCCUGAGUCGCAGCAGUUUCAACAUGGUGAAGAGGAUGAGGACGCAGUGGAGGUCGGGGGGAACCACGGACAGGCGCUUCAGCUGCACGUUCUGCGGGAAGAGCUUCCAGCGCUUCAGUCAGCUCAAAGAACACCUCCGGAGUCACACCGGGGAGAAGCCGUACACGUGCGAACAGUGUGGCCGGAGUUUCACCAAGCAGUGCAACCUGAUCAGACAUGCUGUGGUCCACAGUGGGGAGAAGCCCUACGAGUGCACACAGUGUGGGAAAUGCUUUACUCAGCGCUCCAGCAUGAAGUCACAUCAGAGAACUCACGUAGGGGAGAGUCCGGUGUCUCAGUAUGUUGUACCCGCAUACCCUGGGGAUCCACACUCUGGUUUAAUGUUGUCUCAGACCAGGUGGAACAAAUAAGGAUGUGAUUGAAUGAGUUUUCAGUAGAACGUUGUACAGAUGCUAUUUUGAGACACUUCUACUCGUGUUUGAUUUACAAAAUUGUUUUCUUUGACUGUAUAUGGCCCUUUCCUUAAUCUUAAUAAGAUAUUUAUUUACAUCUCUUAAACUUGUGUUUCUAUAACAAAAUGAUAAAAAAACUUGUGACCUAUUCAAUAAAAAAUAUUUAAUGAAAGAGUCAAUCUUUACUUGUCAGUAACAUAUAGGCAGUCUGUAAUAUAUAAGCACCAUGUAGUUGUCUUGGUAGUGUCUCAAAGAUUUGAGUUCUUGGUUAACCCAGACUAAAAAUGCAGAAUUUGGUCAGAUUGUGCCAUUUUUGUUUAUGUAGGCUGUCCAUGAAAUAUGUGUUGUUGUCUGUCUGGAAUGUCACUUCUUACCACAAGGGACAGUAUCAUGUCAGCUUAUGUUAAGAACUAAACUGAGACUGUUUUAUUCUGGAGUUUUGUAUAUGUGAUGAUUUAUGGCAUUAAGUCAAGGCAAUUAAACAUUUGUUUCAGUAUAAUAGGCAAUACAUGUUCAUGCAGCUUUACAUUUCACAUCUGGAAACUAC